AUGGCAUCCCUCAAGCGAGAGUUUGGGGGAUACGGCCUGCCUGCAAAUCCAUCCGAUGGCGUUCGAUCAAGGAGGGUGCAGGCUCCCACCGCAGGAGGCCUACCUCGGCCUGUCAACACUAAUACGACACGGGAGGCACUUUCGUCAAAGCCUGAGCAACCUAGGCUGCACCAUUCGAGAAUCCCCAGCAAGUCGGUACGUACAGCAGGAAGAUUUGAAUCGGGGCUGCCGAUUCCGACCUCUCCCCCGCAACACCAUGAACCCAGACGAAUGCCCUCCAUCAGCGUUUCCGGCUCCGCCUCGUCACGAAGUCGCACCCAAGGCAGCCUGGAUUCCUCCUCCUCCGGGGUCUCCUAUGAGAGCAGCCUGAAGAGUGUUGGAGAGCAAUACAGUAAGCCAAGGUCAAUUACAUCUCGCAGCGCAACAGACCUUGACGAGAGCCGCCGUGUUUCCGCAUCAUCAAAAAGACAGUCAAUGGCAUCGAUUGAUGAGGCGCUUGAUAUUUAUCUCGACAUAGGCUCAAAAUCAGCAAAAUCAGAUGUAAUAGCCUCGAACAAGACACCAGAAUCAGGCUUGGCCGCUGCAAAACCUCCAUUUAUUUACCCCGAGCUGGAUCGUUAUCGCAAUCAUGAACAGCAGCCCUCACUGGUCCCCCGCAAGCUCUCAAUUGAUGCGUUGUAUAAACUGUCGACGCAUGACCUACCACCUCCUACUCCUGGUAGUGCUGUAUUUUCAGGAAGCAGCUCACAGUUGAGUAUGGUCAGUGCGAGCCCUUCGACUAAGUUCUCAGCAUCACCGGGACCCGGCCCUUACAGCCGCGAUACGACACCAACAUCAAUCUCGUCACAAUCACCGGGCCUGAUUGCACCGAGUCGCCCCAGCUACUACACAAAGCCAAAGCAAACCAGCCCGGCGCACUCUAGGCCUCCGGUUACCCGCCGACGAGCCGGUAGCAUUUCCCAAGACGUUGACACAGUUGCUACGGAGCCUCGGGGUCUAGAUGCCGUUCGUGAGUCGGUAACCUCCUCCUCAUCAGGUUCAACAGUUAGGGAAGGGGGCCAAAGCACACCAAAAAAGCGUUCUGGAAAGGUUGCGGCGGCGCCCCCAAACCCACCACCCAGGAAAUCGUCUCAAAGGUUUCGCAAAACCAAGGAGGAUACGACAACGGAGGACGAGAAGAUACGUGAGGUCAAUACCAAAGCAAUAACUGCGACUUCGUCUCCGCAACGACCGCCUAUACCGCUUCGCCCAAGUCGGAGAGGAACCCCGGACUUGAAAUCGCAAUUGUUCGACCCCAUCCCUGUUAUUCAAAGCAACCUCCGUGGCAGCAGGCCCGGCUUGGGUGACAGAAGGGGCAGUGCCUCGACUAGCCAUUCUCGCAAAUCAUCGUCACCGGCAAAGUCUUCAAAGAAUUCAUCAAUAUCUCAACUUCCAGUCGAUCCCGGCAGUGCUUUAGCCUCGAAGGAAACCCCAGCGUCUUCCAGACCACAGACCGCAAAGUCGACUUCAAGCGCCAAAUCGUCAUCAACUAGCCGUUUCAACUUUUUUGGGCGCAGAAAGACAAGUGAAGACCUGGAGGAAAAAAAAGACACGCGGAAGCUUACAAGAAAGGGUCCGGCGGCAGGUACAGGUCACGAAGGGUAUGGCAAGGUCGGGGCAGUGCGUCGCCGAAGUGGUGGCGCGACUAACACGUAUAAUUACGCCGGACCGCAAGCAUCUCAAGAGACCAUUGCAAGCGACGACUCUUUCUUAGCCAACCGCAUGAGCCCUGUCAUUAUUUCAGGCGGCGAAGUGGUGGAGAACAUGAACAAGAGCUUCGAAUCAUCGCCGAAGGAGAAAGAUACGAGCCAACCAUUCAGCACGCAGAGCAGCGCACGUUCGAGUGUUCUUCAACCGUCUUUACUGCCGUAUAGGGAGAAGCGUUUCUAUAACAGCAGCGACUCGGAAGACGGUUGCGAACGACCGACCUUGGCUCUUCGCCGCUCUGUCCAGAGACUGCAAACUGCACCGGAUAGCCCUCUACGUCUCCCGCAGCCGAUCAAUACAACAGGCGUAUUCGGCUCGCCUCUCACAAGCAUUGAUACCAGCGUACUUACGGAUGACUCUCAUCUGGAGCUUCACAGAGAUCAGUCCCUGGACUCUACUGUCUCACAACAAGCUUCGCGCAAGUUGAAGAAGAAGCAACGCUCGCCGCGAAAGUGGAACUUCUUCGGACGGACUAAGAAUACACCAGAGCCUGAAACAGCGGCAAAUGCUACCGUUUCCGCUACUGUUACGACGGUGGAAGUCAACAAGCGCUCUGUUCCAUUCUAUGCAAUUAUGGAUCCUUCUGAGCAUGGAGAUACCGACGACGCCAAAGUCCACGACGUUUUGUUUGCAGCGAAUGUUCUUCCACAGCGCUCGGCAGCUACGUCUUUUGAGAUCCAACGCCCAUCGCCUGUUCUUGACAGUACUAUAGCCGCCAGUACGUCGGCGCCUGCUGAACAAGCUGUACCAAGGCCACUUCGCCGACCGAGCCGACUACAACAAGUUGGUCGUAUCCCGAAGGUUGCUACUCGAUAUCACAAUCCUGCUUCUCCAAGAAGUUUUUCCCGGCCCUUCAGGGCAAGCUUACAGCAGCAGCCACCACAGCUCAGCCGUUCAGAGCCAAUCGAACCAGAAUCGAUCGCACAAGGCCAGAGCCCGCAAUAUCUAAUCCCCCUGGGAGCGUUUCCUGACGAGUUAACGAUCGGAAGCACCACGGCCGAGACUGCCUCCCCAGACCCCCAGUCCAACAAUGACAUCAUAGACGACACUUCACAAAGAGAGUUUUUGUCAUUUUCGCCAAGAAAGUUCUCUGUCGGAACGGCUUGCACAAGCUCUAGUUCAUCUGGGUUUUGUGCCUAUGCUGGAGCUACAGCAAUCAUCCCUAAACCAGAUGAUCCACCGGUUGAAGACGAAAUCUGGGAUGAAUACAAUGAUUUUUUGGGUGAUGAUUCAGACCGUCUCAGGCGGUCAACGACAUCUUCCAAAGGCAUCCCGUUCCACCUGGAACCUUACCAGCAGAAGCUUGGGAAAGCAUUCCCGGUUGAAUCGCCUGUUGUCGCCGAGCGAAAGGUUUCCAGGCUUUCUAACAUGUCACGGUCAAGCUACUGUAGCGCCGACAUGACUGAAAGACUCAAGGCAGCAUUUCAGCCACACCACUCCUCCAUCGGCGCCGGUGAUGAAAGCCUCUGGAUGAAGCGAAAUAGCGCCGAACAGGUUGGAUCGCGAAGACAUAGCUCUGCUUCCUCCAAGUCUCGGUUUUCGGGUAGCAGCUCCAGCUCCUUCGACUACAGCUCACCCCUGGCUCAAGUCAACCUUCGUGUUGGCUCCAUGACUGUCAGCAAAUGGCUUACGUUUGGACAUGUCCUGUUCAGUGAUAUUCGUCAUGAGUUGAUUGCCGACAAGUCAGACUCGUCGUCUAUCGCAUCUCGCCACUCUAUCUUGGUGAUUGAUGGGCUUGGCAACGAUGACUGGUCCUUUUACGUGGCCGAGACAUACCCCAAGGCUAAUUUCUACAACCUCUCUCCUCGGGCGGCGCUGGAUGAUACUGCCAAGAAGGGAGAAUCAAACGCUCUCCUCAGCCCGCCAAAUCACCACCAAGUCCAGUAUCUGGAUCACCUGGCCAAGUUUCCCUUUGCCCCUCAGAGCUUUGACUCCGUAGUGUACCGCUUCCCGGUCGCCGCGCCUGAGUCCCACUAUCGCAACAUUAUUGCUGAGUCCCGACGUGUGCUGAAGGCGGGAGGGUAUCUUGAGCUUGCUAUUCUCGAUCUGGACCUGAACAACAUGGGCAACCGGGGUCGUCGCACAAUGCGGCAGUUGAAGGAGAUGAUUCACGAACAGUCCCCCGGCACGAGCCUUGGAUCUGCUGCCGACAUUGUGGUCAAGCUGCUGGGCGGUGGCGGUUUCUCGAGCAUCCGGGCCGCCAAAGUAGGCGUACCCGUGGCGAGCUCCAUCACCCAGCCGCGGAGCAGCGUCGGCUCGCGCAGGAAACCGCAACCGCAGGCCCCGCCGAGCCUCUCCGACAUGAUGAAGGAGAACGGCCCGGCGGCGGAUGCCAACAUCACCAAGAUGGUGACGCGCGUUGGCCGUUGGUGGUACACGCGCUGCUACGAGAAUGCAGCUGGCGUCAAGGAGGGACGCAACAGCAUCUGGGACGACAAGGCGCUCUUGAAUGAGUGUCGCGAAUUGGGCACCAGCUUGAAGCUCACCGUCUGCUGCGCCCGUGCGCCAGACCGAGUGGCAAGCCUGUAG